GCCAUGCCAGGCAUUGUGGUGUUCCGUCGUCGCUGGUCUGUGGGAAGUGAUGAUCUUGUUUUGCCCGCCAUUUUUCUCUUUCUUCUUCAUACAACUUGGUUCAUCAUCCUUUCUGUGGUGCUCUUUGGACUGGCAUACAAUCCCAAUGAGACCUGCUCUCUCAAUCUGGUGGACCAUGGCAGGGGUUAUCUGGGCAUUUUGCUCAGCUGCAUGAUCGCCGAAGUUGCAAUCAUCUGGCUCAGCAUGCGUGGCAGCAUCUUGUACACAGAACCCCGGGAUUCCAUGCAAUAUGUGCUAUACGUCAGACUGGCAAUCUUGGUGAUUGAAUUUGUCUACGCUAUUGUGGGCAUUGUUUGGUUAACCCAGUACUACAGUUCCUGCAAUGAUGUUACUGCCAAGAGUGUUACUUUGGGAAUGGUUGUCUGCAACUGGGUGGUCAUUUUGAGUGUCUGCAUCACUGUCCUGUGCGUCUUUGAUCCAACAGGACGGACUUUUGUUAAAUUGCGAGCCACAAAGAGGAGACAGCGUAAUCUAAGAACAUAUAACCUGAGGCAUCGCUUGGAAGAAGGCCAGGCUAGCAGCUGGACCCGCCGACUCAAAGUUUUCCUCUGCUGCACACGAACAAAAGAUUCACAAUCAGAUGCUUACUCUGAAAUUGCAUAUCUCUUUGCUGAAUUUUUCCGAGAUCUCGACAUAGUCCCAUCUGAUAUUAUAGCAGGCCUCGUUCUACUACGUCAACGACAAAGGGCAAAACGCAGUGCAGUGUUGGAUGAAGCAAACAAUGAUAUCCUAGCUUUUUUGUCGGGAAUGCCAGUUACCAGGAAUACAAAAUAUUUGGACCUGAAGAACUCACAAGAGAUGGUGCGAUAUAAAGAAGUAUGCUAUUAUAUGCUCUUUGCUUUGGCUGCUUAUGGCUGGCCCAUGUAUUUGAUGAGGAAGCCUACCUGUGGACUCUGUCGCUUGGCCAGAUCCUGCUCUUGCUGUUGCCUCUGCACCACUCGGCCCCGUUAUGCACCUGGUGUCACCAUUGAGGAAGAUAAUUGCUGUGGCUGCAAUGCUAUUGCCAUUCGGCGCCAUUUCCUUGAUGAAAACAUGACUUCUGUGGACAUUGUGUACACUUCAUGUCAUGAUGCGGUUUAUGAAACCCCCUUCUACGUGGCUGUAGAUCACGAAAAGAAGAAAGUAGUCAUCAGCAUUCGAGGAACUUUAUCACCAAAGGAUGCUUUGACUGAUUUGACUGGAGAUGCUGAGCGCCUCCCUGUGGAGGGUCAUCAUGGAACAUGGCUUGGACACAAGGGUAUGGUGCUAUCUGCUGAGUAUAUAAAAAAGAAACUGGAACAGGAGAUGGUGUUGUCUCAGGCUUUUGGGCGUGAUUUAGGUAGAGGAACAAAACAUUAUGGCCUAAUUGUAGUGGGCCAUUCCUUAGGAGCAGGCACAGCAGCCAUUUUGUCCUUUCUACUACGUCCACAGUAUCCAACUCUAAAGUGCUUUGCUUAUUCUCCACCAGGUGGGCUUUUAAGCGAGGAUGCUAUGGAGUACUCCAAAGAAUUUGUGACUGCAGUUGUGCUAGGCAAAGACCUCGUUCCCAGGAUUGGCCUUUCACAAUUGGAAGGAUUUCGCCGGCAACUUCUUGAUGUUUUGCAGAGAAGUAAUAAACCAAAGUGGAGAAUCAUAGUUGGUGCAACCAAAUGCAUACCCAAGUCUGAGCUCCCUGAAGAGCUUGAAGGGAACUCAAUAACCAGUAACCGCCUCUGGACACAUCCUAGUGACUUAACUAUUGCCCUGUCAGCCAGCACACCUCUCUACCCUCCUGGACACAUCAUCCACGUGGUUCAUAAUCAUCCUGUUGAACAGUGCUGUUGCUGUGAUCAGGAAGAACCUACAUACUUUGCCAUUUGGGGGGACAACAAGGCAUUUAAUGAAGUGAUAAUUUCUCCAGCAAUGCUGCAUGAACAUCUGCCAUAUGUAGUAAUGGAGGGUCUUAACAAGGUCCUGGAAAAUUACAACAAGGGCAAAACAGCUUUGCUUUCUGCAGCCAAAGUGAUGGUGAGUCCUACAGAAGUGGACCUCAACCCGGAAUUAAUCUUCCUGAGUCAACCCCUGCCUAGUAGACCUUCUAUACAGAUUGGAAUUGGAGACAUAACAGUGGACAGAAGGAACAGCAGUACUAAGAGUAAGGCUCACUCUGAAAUCAGUUUGGAAGGGUUUUAUGAAACCAAGCUUCUGUCACCAGUGCAGAAGGAUCCUGUGGAGAUCCUGCUACUAGAUACCAAGGAACGCCUGUCUGUAGAACUGCAGGACCGGCGUGCUCCUCUUGCUACAAUGGAGAGCCUAUCUGAUAAUGAAUCCAUCUAUAGCUUUGAUUCAAGGCGUUCCUCUGGUUUCCGUAGCAUCCGUGGCUCACCCAGUCUCCAUGCAGUCAUGGAAAAAGAUGAAACUCAUUGUUUUUAUAUUGAUCCAGCAAUUCCUGAGGAGAAUCCCUCCCUUAGCUCUCGGACAGAACUGCUUGCUGCUGACAGCCUCUCCAAACAUUCCCAGGAGACUCAACCUCCUGAGGGCCUGCAGAACAGUGGAGACAUCACUCCUCAGCGGCGAUGCAGUGAUGAAGGCGCUAGUAGUGAUAUCGAUCAUAUUUCCUUUACUCCAGAAGAAUUGACCCUCCAAAAUGGGAGGCUAAGUGAUGCCCCCAGCCCACAAGUGUUGGAGUUUGCGGAGUUUAUAGAUAGUCUCUUUAACCUGGACAGCAAAAGCAGUUCCUUUCAGGACAUUUACUGCAUGAUGGUAUCGGACAGCACCAGUGAUUUUGCUGAGAUUCCCAAGUCAGUCAGUGACCAAGAGAUCUUGCUAAGAGCACAGUAUGAACCCAACUUAGUCCCAAAGCCCCCCAGGUUAUUUGCAGGCUCAACAGAUCCUUCCUCAGGCAUAUCUGUUUCCCCUUCUUUCCCUCUGAGUUCUUCUGGAGAGCUUAUGGACCUCACUCCUACAGGCAUGAGUAGCCAGGAAUGCCUCACCACUGACAAAAUCCGGACUUCCACUCCUACUGGAAAUAUGACCAGUCCUGCCAAACAAGAAGACCUUGUGAUCUCAGCCCUCUAAUAUAGGAGAGAAGGUGCAGAAUAGCUAAUCCUAUAGUAGAGAAUCUUGGGAUAGCACUUGGAAGAGCUGGUCUCUUGGCAAGUGAGAAUGGGUGAAAAUGCAUGGGGUAGUAUAAUUUCCCUUCCUGGGUGCUACACUAAUGGCACUACAAUGGAUUUCAGCAUGAAGGAUGCCACAUCAUGGGUCAUGUUCUUUAGUUAGGGAGAAAAUCACUGCCUAAUGCAGCUUGCUGCUUUUCAGGGUCUCAUUCACUGAAGUUAGAUGAUUGGUUUCCCUACCUCAGCAUAUUUCUUUAACAAGAAGGCAGACUCAUUGCCUUUCCUGCUGAAAUUAUGGGCUAGAUGAUUAGAGUAACUGAGGCUAAAAGGUCUGAUAAUGCCCAAUUGUCAUGUCAAAAUCAAGGAAAUUGUGGCAUCAGGCUUUAUUGCACUAGUGUGUCAUGUUUGAUCCAAGUACCUGUUUAUUGUUGUCAUCAUGAUUUUUUUAUGACAUGCUCUCCUGUUUUAUAGCCAUUGACUGUGUUCCAGAGGAAUGCAGCCGCCUGCUCUAAACCCUAACUGGGUGCAGUGAGAAUUGGGAUGGGGCAACCUGUGCUCCUCCGAUUAGCUCUGUGUUCAGUGAUAUCCGCUCUUCUUCUAAGAAGAAAGAA